GCAAAAUAUGAUUCUCUUUCUAGAAGAAGUUUUUAGGAAAAUCUCAGGAAAGGCCGUUGUCGUUUCGUUGUUCGUUUUCCAUUUGGACAAUAACGAGAGUAUUGCUGUUAACGGUUAAAUCUAAUGAUUUUUUCUUCCCCCUCGUAAUAACUACAUCUGGAAUCAAAAUUUACAAAUCGUCCCUCCAACUCCGAGAUCCAAAUCUCAGGCCGCAGGCCCCGCCGUCUGAUGAUCGGAAGUUGUGACAAUCAUGUCUACACUCGUCGCUAUCAGAGACGCUGCCCUGAACAGCGGCGGGGACUAUUCUCCGGCCAAAGAGAAGGCCGCCACCAGAGGGGUCUUCAACGGCCGCUCUCCACUUCUCCACCGCCGCAUUAAGCUGUUGCUUGGUGGCUUUAAGUUCAAGCUUCUCAUCUGCUUUGCCUUCUUAUCUAUUGUGGUUUGGUUCAGCUCCAAAAUCGGUCCUUUCAUGGAAUGGAAUCCUCAUCCGGACUCUUCCGUAUUCUCUCCUUCCAGGGGUGGCUUCACUGUGCUUAUCAACACUUGGAAGAGAAAUUCAUUACUUAAACAGUCUGUAGCUCACUAUGCAUCCUGCCGAGGGGCUGAUGCAAUACACGUGGUCUGGAGCGAAAGUGAUCCGCCGUCUAACCAAUUGAGAUCUUAUCUAAAUGAUAUCGUGUUAAAGAAGUCACAGACAGCUCACAAACCCAACUUUAAGUUUGAUUUGAAUGAGGAAGAUAACUUGAACAACAGGUUCAAACCUAGACCGGAUCUCAGAACUGAUGCUAUUUUCUCAGUUGAUGAUGAUGUAAUAGUUCCCUGUCGUACUCUAGAAUUUGCCUUUUCCAUGUGGCAAAGUGCUCCGUUUACAAUGGUGGGCUUUGUACCUCGGAUGCACUGGCUGGAUCAGAAGACAAAUGGUAUGACACAGUACAAGUAUGGCGGAUGGUGGUCUGUUUGGUGGAUGGGCACGUAUAGUAUGGUUCUCUCGAAAGCUGCUUUUUUUCAUAGGAAGUAUCUGGAAUUAUACACGAAUGAAAUGCCCAGGUCAAUACAUGAUUAUGUGACUAAGGAAAGGUACACUGAACUGUAAUUUCAUCAUUACAUUUCGUUUUCAAGUGAGACUAUACAUCGUUUCAACAUGUUCCAUUUGUGGCAGAAACUGUGAAGAUAUAGCAAUGUCCCUCCUUGUGGCAAAUGCUACAAAUACAUCUCCAAUUUGGGUGAAAGGUGAGAUUCUGCUAAUUUGGGUUCCUGUCAGUUUAAAUUCUCAAGUGCACACCUAACCAUACCUAGGUGAUAUAGAUUUGGAUAUAUUAGGAAAUCCUUAAAUCAAGCCAAUAGGUAUCUAAAAUUUAAAAUGAGCAGGACUUGCCACCGCAACUAUCGCCAUUUGAAGUGACCAUUUAUUGUAUAUUAACACUGCUCUAUAUCAUCAACCUGUGUUGGGUUCCCUUUGCUGACAAAAUGAUUGAAUCAUGAAAAGUCAUUGACUCAAAUUAAACACAAGAAGAAAGACCUAAAGGAUUUCGGAAGUUACUAUUACUAUUAGAUAAAAUGUGAUGUAUACGUAAAGGCUUGGUUGUGUGAUCAUUCCAGAUCAUUGAAAUCUUUAAGAUUAUAUAUCUACAAGCCUGCCUGAGGUUAGGUCGCGGAAUGAUUGUGAACUGUUGUACCGGCAAUAUAUGUUUUGCUUCACCCUAUGCUUCUUCAUUUGCUUUCGUCCUGUUGUAGUAGGUUUUGUUCCAAUUGUUGACAUCAGUUACAACCCCAUAGGCCUGACCUGCAUUUUCUUGUAGUUGAUCUGUUUGUGCUUGUCUCCUUAUUCUUAAGAACUUUUAUCCGAUCAUUGUAGUUAUUGGGGUGAUCCAUUUAGAAAAUGUUGUUGAAAACAAAUGUAGAAGCUUUUGACCCUUGCAGCUCCUUAGCAACUUUUAGAUACUAGGAGUUGUAAUUGAAAGAAAAACAAGAAUAAGUGAGAGACGAAGUAUCUGGUGAUUUGAAACAAGUUAAAUACCUGAAAUUGUUUGGAAUGGUAGCAUAAUAUCCCUUGCAACCGCAUGAUUUGUUUUUCUUUUUGCACAUUUUACUUGCUUGGUUCCAUUACCGUGCAUAUAGCUUGUUGUUUCUACAUUUUCCUUUUUUAUUGGUGUUUUCUUUUCCUAAUUCGAUAAACCACUUUGCAGGUAAAAUAUACGAGAUAGGCGCUUCCGGGAUUAGUAGUCUAAAUGGGCAUAGUGUGAAGAGGAACAAGUGCUUGAAUGAUUUUGUUGCGCUGUACGGAAGCAUGCCUCUGGUACCAACGAAUGUAAAAGCUGUGGAUGCAAGAAACGAGUGGCUAUGGUAAUAGCAUUCUUUUCCGUUCAUCAAGCAGAGAUCAGUUUUCCUUGUAUAGAAGUACUGUGCCACUUGAGAACAAUGGUGGAUCAAUCUUUUCAGUGUGAGGGUCCAUCAUCCUUGUAAAAAAAAAAAGCAAACAAUGGUACCAAUACUAUGUAGAUUUGUUUUGUAGAAAUAUGGAUGUUGAAGGAUUAGGAUAUAAGCUAUCCCUUUGCAUAAUGCACACGAAAUGGGAACACCAAUCCACACGUUUCACCGUGUUUGUUAAUAUUGGUUUGCGUGUGUGUGUGUGUGUGUGGUGUAAAGCAAACAAAAUGCCUUUUGAGGUUCCACAAUCCCGCAUGCACGGUCCUCCCACUUUUGUGAUUUCGCGUCUGUGUAUUAAGGCCUAGGACUACGGGGGAUCUGAAUUAGGGUCGCAAGUGGUGCAUUCCGGACAAGGCAUUGUUGAGCAAAUCCAAGCCAAUUUGGUACCCACUUGCCAAGUAAAUGGUCCAUUGGGUAACCACAAAUGGCAGAAAUAGAGAGGAGCAGACAAGUGGAAUAUGUAAUGUAACUAUUAAUGCUUGUAGAACACACACGCAUUCACUUUAAUUGGCGUCUAGCGGGCUUUUUCUAUCCCAAAAUUUGGUACCCCUGUGUCCCAAAAUUAUUGAAGUUUGAAUUUUCAUUUUUAGUUCAAAUUAUAUGAGAAGUUUAGAACUGAAAAUUGAAACUGGACAAUAAUUUUGGAAUAGAGGAAGUAAUCUUUGCUUUUCCUUUUCCAAUGUUUAAAGCUUAAAC